AAAAAAGAAACAUGUGGAAUUGUUCCAAAUAAAGUGUCCCGACGUAGCUGAAUUAUAUAAAAGAUAUUUGGGUUAUUAAAAUAAAAUUGUUUUGGAACAGAAAAAGAAAUUUACGAAAAAAAUGGGAAUAUUAACAAGCCUUGGACGAGUGUACGUUGUCGUUGUAAAUAUAAUAUUUCUCGUGUUAGGAUUGUCCCUGCUGGGUGGAGGUCUGUUCAUCAAGUUUGGGGACAAAUACACACAGGUUUGGCUCAAUGCCGCGAAAGAACAACUCCAGACUGCAUUGUCAAAAACCGGAGUUGACCAAAACUCCAAUGUUGAAAUUGACAUGAACGCCCUACUGGGGACGGUGGCCAUCAGUCUUAUAGUGAUCGGCGCAGUGCUGACAAUACUGUCUUUCCUGGGCUGUGUCGGCGCGUGUUGUAAAGCCAAGACCGCGCUUACUGUGUACGUUGUGAUCUGUUCAGUUUUGCUGGUUGUGGAGAUAGUUGGCGUGAUUCUGCUCUACGCCACUGAUACCAUCGACGACAUGGCGAAAACGAAGCUCAAGUCAACCAUAACUAAAUCGUACUCUGGGCUAGCCGGAAGUGACGUCACUACUGUUGCGUGGAACAUAAUCAUGAUACAGAUGAAGUGUUGUGGUGUAGAUGGCUACAAAGAUUUCGAGAAUGGAAACUCCUGGGACCUCAAGGAGACAACCAACCCCGCGAACAAGGUGCGGGUGCUCAAAAUGCCUGUCUCGUGUUGCAAGUCACUUCCGCAAUCUGACGACUUAAGCUGCGCCCAGACCGUCAGUGACACGCUGAAUUAUCACGAUACGGGUUGCUAUGAUAAAGUGUGGGAACUAACAAUUGCGAACCCUGGGUACGCCAUUGGGGUUCUGUGUGGAGUUGGGAUAUUCCAGCUACUCUUGAUCGUGUCGGGAAUCGCCAUCUUGGUCAUGAACGAUGAUGCCAAGGUCAGGCCUGCCGGCCGUCCCCAGCGGAGAGAGCAAUGGUGAUGACGUCAUUGUCACGUGACUUUUUGCGCAGACAAAGCAGUGUGCGAGUUGAAAACUUUUGGACAUUGAGCAUACACUCGCGUGUUGAGUGUUUUACUCUUCCUCGGUUUUAUUCUUGUUUUUUUUUUUACUUUUACAAUAUGGAAUCGUAGCGAACUGUGAUAAAAUAAAGCAUAUAAUAAAUUAUUUAGAUAGAUAAAAACAAUAUUAACAAUUAUAAUUAACUGCUGUUUCCAUGGAAGCAAACAAUUUUUAGUGUUUUUUUUCCUCUUCAUAACGCAAGUAAAUUCGUAAAAAAAGACAUUGAGUCAAUUGUAUUCUCUUCACCUAAAGGGACUCACUGACAUUUUUUAUGUUGAACUUUUAUUUUGAAAUUUGUCAAAAUUGAUUUAUUUUACUUACAUUUUAAACAAACACCAGACAGGAACAGACACAUACAUCAUAUUAAUUUGGUAAAUCUAAGCUAUAAAUCAAUUUUUCAAAAGCUUUUAAACAAACUAGAGCAUAUAUAAUUAAAAUAUUUAUCAAAAUGCGCCAAAAUUUGAACCGUUGAGGAUUUUUUUUAUUAUUGAAACACGCAUUUUGUUCAUAUUGAACACAAACGUAAUUUACUGGAUACCCGACGAUCGUCCCUCUAAACCUCUCUAUAUGUGAAUCUGAUGUUUCCUUAAUAAAGAUACAGAACCUCUAA